CUAAAAUGAUCUCAUAUUCUUUAAAAUGUCAACUAAACCUGAAAGAUGUUAAAGAUAAUGGUAAACUACCAUUCUAAUGGAUAGAAGAAUAGCCAAAAUGGUUCCAGGAAGAUCAAAGAAGGAGUUAAGUUACCUGUGAGUACUGUUACAAUUAGAAGACACUUAUGUGAAGCCUCCUUGGGAGGAGGAGUUAACAUUGAUAGAAAAAAACGAGGACAUUGGCAUUCAGCCACUAAAUAUUCUGCUCUUCCUGGUUCCUCCUUUGCUGUUACGUUCAAUCACAUUCUGAGAAUUGAAAAAGGAGGGGGGGAUAAAAACUGAAGACCAAACAAAGAUUGAGUAAGUAUAUUAAUGUCACAUUUAGCAGUGACUGGAUACCUGAGUCUGCACCAUGGAGGAGGAUUCAGUCUCUCUGCAAGAUUACAUUGCAUCUGUGCCUGCUGCCUCACUGCCAAGGGUUAUACAGAUUGCCUCUGGGGUCUAUCUUCAGAGCUCUGUCUAUGAUAUCAAAGGAUCCGAAUGCUGUUUAUCUACUGGUGAUCUGGUAAAAGUUCUUGAAAAGGAGUUUCAAUUCACAUCUUGUGUUGAUCUGAAUAUAGGAAAGUGCUUCGAACUACCAAGCAACUUUAAAGAUAUUUUUCAGAUCGUGGUUCACAGUGGCACAUACAACAACCUUAAAGAUCUGAAGCAAGAGUUAUAUGGUGACCUUACCCAUCCUUUCUGGUUUGCAUCUGCAGCAGACAUUAUUUUAGAAGAUCGAGUUAUUCAUCAGCAUCGUCCAAUUAAGUAUGUGUCACCUGACAAUUUUAACCCAACCAGCUUUGCGAUUUGUCAGGUUUGGGAGGUUCACAGUGAAGCCUGCAUUAAAAUCCCUACAAGGACAGUUGGACAGUUUUACGAGUGUGAUAAUACAGAGUCCUACACAUUGGAGCAGAUCUUGCAAUCCCCAGCUCUGCUGAAACGUAGCUACUCCUGCGGUAGCCUUGGAAAUGGGCCCUACAAGCUCACUCCUGUUUAUGAGAUCAAAACAAUUAUGCACAUGAGAAAAGAUAUUGUGAAAAUGCCUUCAAGCCUUGAAGUAGAAGUUAUAGACAUUACUGAUCAAUGUUGGGACACUGAGUUUAUCAAGCCUUACUCCUUGGCCGAAGUUUCACAGUGUGAAGAGAAGUUUCCAGUUGUCACAGAAAUAGUGGAAAGUUCGGAUUGCAGUCAUAUAGUUAAAAACGACUUAUUGUCAUCUCUUGGGAAAGGACAAAAGAUCAUAAUCCACAGGAAGGAACUUUCUAGAAAAGUCCUGGCUACAGCUGCUAAGGGUAAACUGUCUAGGUUCUUCUACAUCCAUACUGGAUAUGAAGGAAAGGCCCGUCAAAGGCCAAGGGAAUUUACAACAGUUUAUGAUCUCUGGACCAAAUUGAUGGCAGGAGUAAAGCUGAAUGUUGUUGUAACCCAAGACUGUGAUAGUAUAGAGGAUUGUUUUCCUUCCCUUUGCAUUGGGGAUCACCUUAAAAUCCUUCGUCAUGAGAAAAUCAGAGCAUCAGACAGCUUGGACUGUAAAGAAACAGAUGUUCUAGUGUGUGAAAAAGACUCUGCAGAUGAUGAAGAUGACGAAUCAGAGGAAAUUAUGCUGCCUUUGUAUCUUGAAGGACAUUUUGUUGAGGAAAUUAAGGAUAACAAAAAAUAUACCAUCAGCAAUAUAAUGCAGAAGUUUACACUUCCCUGUGAGGUCAAGGUUGUAACAAAAGAUCCAUCUUUUCCCAGUGAUCCCCUGCCCUCAUUUGCCUCUAUUAGGCUGGAGGAGCAAAUUGAAGAACCUGUUUUGUUGGCCAGUUUUCUGGAUAAACCAUCGGUGUGUUUUCAAAUUCCUAUUAAGUGGAGAGACUUUUCUUUGAUUUUCCUCAAAGACCCAGUUCCAGAGACACAGACAAUGUUCACACCUUUAGAGGAGCUGACAGAAGGGUUUUAUUAUAGUCUCAGGAAGGAACUACCAAGUAAUGAACUUCCCCCACCAAGACCCCCCAAAAGACAGACCAAAGCUGAGAGUUCUAACAAACCUGGCAGAGAAAAAAAAUCAACAUGCAAAAACAGAAAGAUGCCAGAUCAACUGCACUCUUUAUCUAGAGGAAAAUGUAUCACAGAGCCUUACAGACCACCGACCAUGAAUGCAUAUUCUCCUCUGCCUCGUAUCAGUCAUGAUGACCGUGAACCAAAUUAUGAAGUAGCUGACCUGAAAAUCACAGAUUAAGACAUUUAUAAAAGAAAGGCCACCCUUCAGUACAGUUGGAGGUCGGUCUUCCUGGCAAACUUCAGCCUGGACUUCAGUUAUAGAAGGUGGAGGUCUGGCUGAAAAUAUGGGAUAUCAGACUUUUAUCACGCUAUUACGGUUAAGGGAUCUAUUAUUCAAAGUGUUUCAGACUUAGGGCUUUUGAUUGAAUGGUUUGUAAUAUGAAGUAUCAUGCCUCAGGUCUACUAAUAUUUUAACAAUAAAAAAAGCAGAAUAGCAUUUUUCCCCAUCAACAGGGCUGCCAUCACACGGGACAGUAAAGGCGGCCAUAGAUGUUAUCAUUAUCAUAGGACCAAGCUUAUCCUGAAACAAUAGUUUAAAUGUACGAUUUGUCCAUCAACUAAAAAGACCAUUUCAAGUGAUAUAGUCGAGUUGAAG